AUGGCAACCAGCACUGACGCUGAAGCUGAGCUCCUCGAGAAGGAUCCCAUUUGGACUAGCAGUCGUACUGCUCGUCAAAUAUAUGCCCUUGGACAAGUAGAAAAGGACAUUUCACGAUUGCUCGCUUUAGCCGCGUCGUCCAUCUCCCUGCUGACGCUCCCCCAAACGGACGCGCCGGAAGAUACCCUCCCCAAGGACGGAGAGCGUUCUGAGCAAUUUGUGCUGGAGGUGAACGAGUAUUUCGACCGGCUCAACUCUAUCCAGAGUGCCAUUCGCAGCUCCCUUGCUCAUAUAACCUACUCCCGCAUCGCCCCGUCUGCCAUAAACGCGCCACCACCGAAUGUCGUCCCGCCAUCGCUGGGUGUCGGGAUGCCCAGCGACUCGUCCAAACAGAGCCGUGGAUUGCAGGAAGAGCGCAUCGAAAGGGACGCGUGGAAGGGAAUUCUCGAUGCACUCACUCGACUCAAGGCAGAGCAAGAAGAGGCAAAAAUGGAUGUUACAGAAUAA